UCUAGAAUCUCAUUAUCACGCGUAAUUCUAGCGAUCAAGGCUCGCUUCCGCACUGCUCCUACCUCUAGCAAGGUGAUUGAUUCGUUGGCGGGAGGAAUCCUUCGUGAAACACCGACGACCAUCCAGUGUCAGGCUUCUGCGCAUGGCUGGAAAGGGAAAACGGUCCAUGCCUGAUAACAUGUCGGCUCAGUCGUCUAAGAAACGAAAGGGUGGUGGUGGUGGUGGUGGUCAAUGGCGCAAGCCAGGCAAUAAAGCAGGGAUCGAAGGUGGUGAUUGGGGUGUCUUUGUGAGUUGCGACAUCGGAAAGGAGUCCAAGUGUAUGUCGGAGGCUGUGGAUUUGUUUACACAGAGCAUCGAGGGGUCUGAGAAAGUCAACGACGGAGACAAGUCCGACUCAGAUGAAGAUGACAUCGAGGCGAUGAUCAAAAAGGAAGUCGAAGGGCUGAAGCCCAGCCAAGCCAAGUCUCGUCCGUUCCAAGCAAUCCGAAUGGACUUACCAUGUUUAUCGUUCAUUCGAUUUGACAAGUCCAUUGAUCCAGAGCAAAUGGUACAUCAAUUGUGCCUUGAAGCGCACGCUCAUCCCGAAAAGAAGCGCUCUCGGUACAUUCAGCGCAUGACUCCUGUCAAGUCGGUUCGCAAGACUCUCAGUGUCGAAUUGGAGUCUUUCGCGCGCGAUGUCCUCAAACCUCACUUUCAUUCUGGAGGCCCUCCAAAGAAGUACGCCAUCCGGCCAGUCGUAAGAAGCAACAAAAAGUUCAGCAGGGACACGGUCAUCAAGACAGUUGCUGAUGUCGUUGGCCCUGAACAUCCUGUCGAUCUCAAGAACUAUGAUAUACUCAUCAACGUCAUGGUUAUUCAGAAUGUUAUUGGUAUCGGUGUCGCGGGCAGCGACUAUGAGCAGUUGAAAAAGUACAAUCUGGCGGAACUAUAUACUCCAACUGCUGCAGCGCAGGCUGCUGAGCCUUCCGAAGUCUAGAGCGAGCAUCGUAUCAUAUCAGACAGGUCUGUUGAACGAUCUUCUCCGAAACAUCCCGGACACAUCUCUAGAAAACGAUUUUGGAAGAAACAAAUGACUAUUGCUUGAACUACAAAAAUGCGUCGGCUCUGGCAGGUGAAUCUCAAUAGUUGGGAGAUGCUCGGAAACCGCUGGGAUGUUCCGGACGGAUACAACAACGAAAUCGGACGCCUUACCUGGACUCGUAUUGGACGUAAGCUUAUGUCUCUGGUACGUAGACCAGAAGUCACGGUGAUGAGUGAUGCAUUCAAUACGAGGAGGACGCGUCAGGUCGCAGUGACUGCACUGGUUUGACUGAAUCAUGCUGGCUUAGCUUUCAGGUUGCUUGGGACUGAUCGAGCAAAACAGCUGCGCAUACGUCUUAUCAUCACAGAGCCAACGCUCUCGGAUACAUCGGGAUGUAAUUG